AUGGCGAUGCUCGCGUCGGGGGCGGCCACGGUGGGCGUGCGCAGGGUGAUCGAUGCGCGAGGGGUCGGGACGGGGGGACGGGGGACGUCCCUCGCCGCGCUGGGGCAGCGCAUGGACGCCGCGUGGACGGAGGCGGACGUGCUGGACAACGCGACCAAUACGGCGGCGGCCGACCACGGGUUCGUGUCGUUUGAAAAACAACGCGACUUUGAGAGCCGACCGUGGUCCUGGGACGAGACGGUGACGUGCGACGGGACGCAGAUCACGGACGUGGAUUUUGACUUCGACGCCGUCGAACCGGGUCGAGUGAAGCUUUGGAGAAACUCGAGCUUUGGUUUCAACUACUGGCGCACGCCGAGGAGUCGACAUUUUCAAAUUUACGAUACGAUGAUGAUUCGCAACGCGUAUUGUAAGGCUGGGCAGUACCAGCUGAACAUUGUCUGCUCGAUGGACUCGCACGACUCGUGCGAGUUCGCUCGAGAGCACUACAUGUUGGGAGCGCUAAAGUAUCCGCAGCCCAAAGAGAGACACCUCGGAUCUGGAUUGUUUUUCUGCGACAAGAGAACGGUGGAUCGGAUGCACUUUAAGCUGAUGUCAAUGUGCGGAGCGCGAGCGAACAUCGAGUUCAAUCGCAUCUCAAAUCUCGCCGCGGCUUCCAGAGAGGCAAAAAACAAAUUCGGUUGGCAAUUUUCACACAUUUGGUAUGUCGAUCCCGAAGACUUUGAGCUCGGUCUGAUACAUAAUCGCUUGUUCGAUCCCGCCAUGGCGGCCGCGUUCGAGGACAAGAUGCGUCUCCAGUGCUACAAGGACGGAGACGCCCUUCGCGCCAACAACUGCCAGGACGGCGUCGCGGUAGAACCAAGGCGCGUGUUCAACACGCGUAUAUUCGGCGGUAGUCCGUGGGCGGUGGGCGAAAUGCAUCGCCUGUUGACGUACUUCGUCCCCGAAUUUGUGCCGUUAAGGGGUAGGAUCAGCGACUGGUCGUUCGACAACGGGCUCCUGCGGAGGUGGAACUGGUUCCGACCGUACGGGUGCGCGUGCCCCUCGGACGAAGAGUUGUUGACGCAGUACGCGCAUUCAAGGAAUAAAGGAUUCACCAAGCAUUUGGCAUUCGAGAACCAAGUGACGGCUGGCGUCGCCACUCCACUGGCGCACGAGUACGGCUCUUGUCACUGGGUCGAUUUCGACGGUGACAUGGGAAAACUGUUGGAAUGA